AUGUAUAUCAAAAUAGAAUCCCAGAGGCUUGACUAUUACAGAAGCCGACAACAGUUAAUAAGAAGAGAGGAACUUCAAGGCAUAAUGGACAGUGUCAUCGCAGGACAUUGCCAAGGAUCCAAAAUAGGUCAGCGAGUUAUCCUUCCAGCAUCAUUCAUAGGUGGUCCUCGCGACAUGAGAAGAAGAUAUGUUGAUGCUAUGGCUCUCGUGCAAAAAUUUGGCAAACCAGAUCUAUUCAUCACUAUGACAUGCAAUCCUUCAUGGCCUGAGGUGAAAAAACACAUGCUCCCUACUGAUGAAAGUCAUAACAGACCAGACUUAUUGGCUCGAGUUUUCCAUGCUAAGCUUGAUCUUCUGAAAGAGCAACUCUUCAAGAAACAAAUAUUUGGAUCAGUCGCAGCAUAUACCUAUGUUGUUGAGUUCCAGAAACGUGGUCUACCGCAUGGUCAUUUCCUCAUAAUCCUAGAGGCAGCUUCAAAACUUUAUUCCACAGAAUCUUAUGAUAAAAUCGUCAGCGUAGAAAUUCCAGUUAUAACAGCAAAUCGACAUUUAUUCAGUAUGGUUCGAAAGCACAUGAUCCAUGGUCCUUGUGGAGCACAAAAUCCAGAUAAUGUUUGUAUGCAAGGAAAUCAGAGGAAAAGAUGCAGAAAUAAUUAUCCAAAACCAUUUGCUCAGACAACCUUUCAUGGCAAGAACGCGUAUCCUACUUACCGAAUGAGAAAUGAUGGACAGAAAAUAAUGGUUUGUGGCCAUCAGCUUGAUAACAGAUGGGUUGUUCCACACAACGGAUACUUAUUAGCAAAAUUUGAUUGUCAUAUAAAUGUCGAAAUCUGCUCCACUGUGAAAGCUGUCAAAUACAUAUACAAAUAUAUAUACAAGGGUCAUGAUAGGAUUCAUUUCAGAGUAAACUCAGAUAGUUGUGCUGAAGGCAAUAAUAACUCUCAAUCUCUUCCAAUCGAUGAAAUAAAGGACUUCCAAUCAGCUCGAUGGGUGUGUGCAGUUGAAGCAAUUUGGAGAGUAUUCAGAUUUAACCUCAGUGAAAUGCACCCUUCUCAUCUUAACUGUACAUACAAAGAAUUCCCAGAGCACUUCGUUUGGUACCCCGGAAGGAAGAAAUGGGAACCUAGAAAGCAGAAGGACUGUAUUGACAGAAUUGUCGCAGCAAGUAUAAAAGAAGGAGAACAUUAUUUUCUUCGACUACUCCUAACACAUGUUAAAGGCCCCAAAUCAUUUGAAGACCUCAAGACUUUCAAUGGAACAUACGUCAACACAUUUCGUGAAGCAGCAAUUUUCAGAGGAUAUUUUGAAUCAGAUACAUCACAAGAAAAAUGCCUUGAAGUAGCCAGUUCAUAUCAAAUGCCAUACAUAUUGAGAAGGCUGUUCGCAACUCUGCUGGUACAUUUUCCUCCAUUAAAUGCUAGAAAGCUAUGGAAAAAAUUUGAAUAUUGUCUAUCAGAAGAUUUCAUCAAAAUAUCAGAAAUAUCAACUGAUGAAAUACGAUACAAGGUUCUUGAGCAGAUAAACAGUUUUCUUGAAUCAAUGGGAAGAGAUAUCAACUCAUAUGCCCUGGUUCCAUAUCCUCUAAAUUUUAAUGAUCUGAACAAGAACACGAGGGACACAAUAGCAGAAACAAGAAUUACUGUGCUAGAGUCUGAUCUCCAAAGAAUUGAUCAAUUAAACAAUGAUCAGAAAAUUGCCUUUGAUAUAAUCACUCAUGCAGUAUUCCAGGAAAAACAUGGAUGCUUUUUUGUUGAUGGACCAGGUGGAACGGGAAAAACCUUCCUCUAUCGAGCAUUAUUAGCUGAGGCAAGAUCCAUAGGAUUCAUUGCGCUGGCUACAGCAUCAUGCGGAUUAGCAGCUUCAAUAUUGCCUGGUGGAAGAACAGCUCACUCAAGGUUCAACAUACCACUAGAUACAACAAAAAAUAAGAAUUGCAGAAUCAGCAAACAAAGUUCAUCGGCAGAACUUCUGCAAAAAGCCAGUCUUAUAAUUUGGGAAGAAGCUCCAAUGACAAAUAAAAGUUUAAUAGAAGCUGUUGAUAGAUUACUCCAAGAUCUAAUGGACUCGAACGCCUUAUUUGGAUCCAAAGUAAUCGUUUUCGGAGGAGAUUUUCGACAGGUAUUACCAGUUAUUCCUAAGGGCACAAAAUCAGAAUUCAUUUAUGCCAGUAUAGUCAAAUCAUAUAUAUGGCCACACCUCCACAAGCUUCAACUCACAGAAAACAUGAGAGCAAGGGAUGAUCCAGAAUUCAUUGAAUAUUUGCUCCGUGUUGGAAAUGGAACAGAACCUACUGUCAACAAUGACUGUAUACAAAUACCUCCAUCAAUGCUGAUAAGAUAUACAAAUGAUGAAGAUUCAAUCAAAGAGCUGACUACCACGGUAUUCCCAGAUUUGACAAUAUUCUCUCAUCAUGAUUUCUCGGCUGUAAACCGUGCUAUACUCACAACAAAAAAUGAGUUUGUUGAUCAGAUUAAUCAGCAGCUCAUACACCAUAUGCCUGGUCGAAUUCAAGAAUACAUUAGCCGAGACAAAUGUAUUAAGGAUUCUGACCAAACAAUCAUGGAGGACUUCAUAAACGCCCUAACACCAAAUGGAUUUCCACCUCAUAAAUUGAUUCUGAAGCCAAACACUCCAAUUAUGCUACUCAGAAACAUUGAUCCAUCCCAAAGACUAUGCAAUGGGACAAGGCUCAUCUGCAAAUCUUUAAACUCCAACGUCAUACAUGCAACAAUAAGUUGUGGAGAAUUCACUGGCAAAGAAGUCUUCCUUCACAGAAUCUGCUUCAGAAUAGAAAAUGAUCCAGAGUCACCAGUAUCUUUUGAAAGAAUACAAUUUCCUAUUCGACCAUGCUACGCCAUGACUAUAAAUAAGGCUCAAGGGCAGACCCUAGAUUUUGUGGGAAUAUAUUUACGUGAACCAGUUUUUUCACACGGCCAGUUAUAUGUAGCAAUGUCAAGAGCCAAGAACAAGACUUCAAUAAAAAUUCUGAUCAAACCAGCUAUAUUCAGCACUGGAGUAGACUCAAUAACACAUAAUGUAGUAUAUAGAGAAACAACGAUAGUCCAAGUCCUUGAUAAGCAGAAACCCCUACUAUCAAAAGCAGUAAAUCGUUAUCAGAAGCUUACUCUGAUUGAUAACCAGGGCAUUACAGUGGAAGUUAUGAUAUACAAGUCAGAUAUAGAAUUCUUUCGCAACCACUUCAACCUGUACAGACGUUACAUGGUAUCCAAUGCAAGAGUUGAAUACACUCCGCCGGAAUACCGUGCACAUGAAAAUCAAUGCACCUGGUAUAUUGACAACUCUACUGUUGUCCAAGCAAUCGAUGAAGCAAGCUCUCCAGAAAUUCCCCCUGUUUUCACAUUCACACCUUUCAGAAGAUUCUAUCAACACAUUGAUGACGCUUCAGACAUAGAUACCCUUGGCAUUGUUACACAAAUUCAUCCGCGAAAUCACAGAGGACCUACCCCAACCAGAGAGAUUGUGAUCAUAGAUAACAGCUUCAUGCCAGUCAUCUUAACUCUGUGGGGUGAGCAUGAAACAGAUGAAGGGCAGACUAUUGCAAAUAUCAUUCAAUCAAUGCCACUCAUUGUCGCACUUCGAGUGAAAGUCUCAUCCUAUCACAGUAAGUAA